AUGUCGCUGUUUGGUGGUGGUGGCGCGCAACGACCCGCGCAGCAGGGAUCGCUGUUUGGCGGUGGCGGUGGUGGUGGACAGCGCCAACAGGCAAUGUUUGGCCAGCAGCAAGCGCAGAUGGGCCAGUCCCUGUUUCGCCAAGGUGGCGGUGCGCCCCAGCAAACGGGGAUGUUUGGCGGCGGCGCACAACAGCAGCAGGCGCGGCCGUCCUCGCUGUUCGGUGGACAGGCGGGGCAGCCGGGGCAGUCGAAAGGCGGGUCCUUGUUUGGGAAGAUGGGUGGUACAACGCAGCCAGGGUUCGGCCAGCAACAGCAACAACAGCGGGCUGGUGGCUCCUUGUUUGGUGCAAGCGGGGCCGGUGGCGCGCAGAAACCACAGGGCAUGUUUGGGCAGCAAGGCGGUGGUGGCGGUGGUGGUGGAGGUGGUCUGUUUGGGAAGGCAGGAACACAGCAGCAAGGAAGUAUGUUUGGCAAGCCAGGGACACAACAGCAAGGCAGCAUGUUUGGAAAGCAAACGACACAGCCACAAGGCAGCAUGUUUGGAAAGCAAACGACACAGCCACAAGGCGGUGGCGGCGGCGGUGGUGGUCUGUUUGGGAAGGCAGGAACACAGCAGCAAGGCAGCAUGUUUGGCAAACAAGGAACUCAGCAGCAAGGAAGUAUGUUUGGCAAACAAGGAACUCAGCAGCAAAGUAUGUUUGGGCAAGCACAGCAAGGAAAGCCGACAUUUGGACAACAGCCACAAACGUCGAAAGGAUCGAGUCUCUUUGGCCAAAAGCCAAGUGGAGGCGGCAGCUUGUUCCAACAGCAACAGCAGCAGCAGCAGCAGCCACAGUCCAAAGGGAGUGCUUUGUUUGGGCAGAAACCGGCAGCCGCAGGUGGGCUGUUUGGUCAACAGCAACAGCCGCAAUCCAAGGGAUCCAGUCUGUUUGGACAGAAACCACAAGGGCAGAUUCAGAGUAGUGGCGGUGGUGGCGUGUCGUUUGGCCAAACGCAGAUGGCCACCAAGACAACGUUUGGCCAAACAUCAGCUACACAGCCGCCUGCGGGGCAGUCGCUGUUCGGGAAACAGUCUGCAGCGCCAGGCAGCAAGGCUGCUGGGCUCUUCGGUCAACAGCAGCGGUUUUCGUCAUCGUCAUCAUCAUCGUCGUCAUCGAUGUUUCAAAGGCAACAGCAGCAGCAGCAGCAGCAGCAGCAGCAGCAGCAGCAGCAGCGGGUGCCUGGUGCAAAGCGUGUUGGCGGGGGUCCUGCUGGCGAUGCGCUAACGGCCACAGGCGGUCGCGCGUUUUCAGAACACGUGGACGCUGCAGAUGCAGAUGCGUUUCAAAGCCGCGCGUUUACGUUUGGGAAGAUCCCAACACAACCACCCCCGCGCGACGCCGUCGCUAGCAGCAGCGUCGCUGGCGGUGGUAUUGAUGCGAUUCUGGACAUUGCGCGGGUGAUGGCCGCUGUUGGGUUGAGCGAAGAGCAGUCGCAGGAAGCACAGGCGUCCCUACAGAACAUCAAGCAGCAGUGGGCGCCCGCGUGCACCUGAGGUGUGUGUGUGUCUGUCUGUCUGUCUGUCUGUCUGUCUGUGUCUGUGUCUGUGUGUUUCUGUGUGUCU